AUGGAUCAAUACAUCAAUACUCCGCAAACAAACCAGGCCUCUCGUCUCAGUACUGGCUCUGACUUUCUGGCCACGCUGUCGCCCGAGAAGUCUUUCGCGGCGCCUGCACAGCAUGGAGACCUGCUCAGUCAAAUGAGGAACGCCAAAGGCCAUGGCAUGAACCUCAAAACUCCCCGAGCUGGAGCACCUCGAGACCCUCUACGACUGCUCCCGAACGGCAACCAGCGCCGGUCCGAAUUCACCCCCAUCAUGGGCAGCGCCAUGAGGAACAACAUUGCCCGUCGCCUUUCUAGCAAGAAGUCAGGCUCGCAAACCCCUCUUACAUACCUUAAAGAUGGCUAUACCCCGGCGCAGCAGAGACUAGCCGACCUGUCAGCGCUCGAGGCCGAGAACACUUCGAGCUCUGCAGGCAAUGCUGUCGACUACACCCCGAUGCCGCAGCAGAUCAGCAGUAGCGCUCACAGCACACCUCUCGCGCCCCUUCCCGGACGCGACGCUGGCGGCCUCGUUAAUGACGGGAAUAUGAUGACAUUGCGAGAACAAGAAAACAUCAUUGACAAGAUUGAGAAAGAGAACUUCGGGUUGAAGAUGAAAAUCCAUUUCUUGGAAGACGCAUUAUCCAAGCGUGGAAACGAGUUCAACCAGGCUGCGCUGAAGGAAAACACCGACUUGAAAGUGAACAGGAUCACAAUGCAACGCGAACUACACAAAUUCAAGAAGAAUAUUGCGCAAGCUGAACGAGAUGCAGAGAUCUACAGGCUGCAGCUUGAACAGUACAAAGAACGAAUCCGCCAGAGACAAGUGGAUGAACAUCUCCGAACUGAACUGGAAUCCCUCCGUUCCGACCUCCAGGCCAGAGACAACCAAAUCAAAAAAUUGGAGGCGGAGAAGGGACUGACGGCCAACCAGGAGCAAUCAGAAAUCCAGAAGCUCAAGGAUGAGAUUGAGGACUUGCAGACUGACCUUCGCGAGAAAGAUCGCGCGAUUGACGAGCGAGAUGAUCAAAUCGACGGGCUCAAAAUGAAGGCAAGCAAAGAAUCCAAUGACGCCGCGACGCUUGAGGAUGAAUUGGAGUCGGCGCGACAAGAAGUCGAAGACCUGAAAGAAAGUCUCGAGCGCGCGACGGCGGAAGCACAGGAAGCCAAAGAAACUCGGGAAGAGGCUCUUGAGGAGAAACGCAGAGCCGAGGAGGACCUGGAUGAGCUUCGUGAUGAGAUGGCCAACAAGUCGUUCACGACCAAAGGCCUGAGUAGACAGUUGGAGGAGAAGGCAAACAAGCUAGAAGACGACUACCACGAGCUGCAAGAACGACACGAUGCUGUGCAGGCCCAGUUGCGUGCGCAAUCGGAGUCGGAGAAACAGCUAAGAGAGCGAAUUCGCGAGAUGGAGCGGGAAGGAGCGUCUGACCUUCGCAGGCUGCAGCAAGAGCUUGAGGUCUCUCAACAACAGCGCGACACCUUUGACCGCAAGCUCACCAACAUGACGAAACAGCUCGAGGGCGUCGAACGAGAGUUACAGAUCAAAGUUGAUGAGAAGGACUUGCUCCAGACACGUCACGACGCUCUGACCAAGGAAUCUGCCGACCUGCAGAAGGACCUCGACAAAGCCAAACGAGCCCUUCAAGACCUUGAAGAUGCUCUAGACGAGGAGAGGCAGCGUUCUGCCCAGAACGACAACACACUGAGAACGCAGCAUAAACACGAGAUUGACCUCCUUCAUGAGCAAAUCGACGGACUGCACCGCGAAAUCAAUGCAAAGGACGGCGACCAUGCGGCUGACGUGGAAGAAUGGGAGUCCCAGAAGCGAACGCUUGAAGCGGCAUCUCAAAAAGCGGAGGAGAAGGCGAAAGGCCUCCAACGCACAGUGGACAGGCUUCAAGAUGCGCAGGGGACACUCAGUGGGCGCGAAAUGAAGCUCCAAGAAGCCCUGGAGAGCGAGAAACAACGGCAUCUGCAGGAGGAGAAGGUGCUCUCGAGACAGAUUGAGGAACUCCAACAAGAUCUUGCGGCGAAACGAAGCGCUGCGGACGAAAGCCGAACCGAACUGAGCAACGCCAGAGAAGAGCUUCGGAUUUCCAUUCGAGCACAAGCUGCUUUGAAGGAAACGGUGGCUGAGCUCGAAGAAGAGAUCGAAGUGCUGCAGGCAGAUAUUGAGCAGGAACAUGAAUUUGCGCAGAGGCUGCAACAGAAGCACUCGUCCAAUGCCGACGCCCAGGUACAAAACUUGCGACAAGAGAAGCAAUCGAUGCAAGAGGAGCUGGCGAAGGUCAACCUGGAAUUGCGGGAUGUCAGAACGGUUUUGAAAGCGGCUGAAAAGGAACGCGAUAGUGUUGAAGCAAAACUAGAGACUGUCCAGAAGUCCAAUGACGAUACCUUCAACGUCGACCAAGAGAAGCGUGAGUUGAAGCGGCUCAAGGUAAAGCUUGAGAAGGAUGUUGCACGCCUCACCACCGACCGGGACAAGCUCGCCGAAGCCAACCAGGCGCUGGAAGACGAGAUCAACGCGGAACUUGAACGAGCCAGUGAAGAAGAGAACCGCCUGCAGGCGGAAAUCGACUCGUUGCGCAACCAGAAACUUGCAGGUACGGAAAGCAAAGAGCGUGAGUUGACCUCAGCCAAGAACAAGAUCGCUCGGCUGGAGGCCAGAGUGGAAGAGCUCGAAGCCCUGCUAGAGAAUCGAUCCAAGGUGAUAUCUUCUCCCGCGGCCGAUGUUUCUGGACUGAAGCAUGACCUGGCGGAGGCGAGAAAGAACGAAACGACAGCGGCCAAACGAGAGACAGAGCUGAAAUCGGCAAACCGAGACCUAAAGAUGCGGGUCAACGACCUAGAGCGAGAAUUACACGAAGCCCGACUUGCGCAGUACAAAGCCAAAUCUCCGUCUGCCUCUCCACCUCCCUCUCACUCGAAGGAGAUGACACAAAUGCGUCAGAAUCUUGUGGAAGCUCAAGCUGAAAUCAAGGUUUUGAGUUCGGAAAAUCGUGACUUGAAGCGAGCAUCUCGCCGAGCUUCGACGAUCGAGAAAGAGCUUGACGACCUACAGAAUCUGGUCAAAUCCCGUACCGCCGAAGCAGAGGCACUCAGUUCAAGAGUCGCAGAGCAAAAGGAACUGGUCCAUGAUCUGCGGGAGCAGCUGAGUCGUCGACGUGAAGAAAAAGACGAAGCGGACAACAUGUCGGAAGAUAUGCGCAAGCGUGAACGACAGAUCAGAGAUUUGAAAGCUGAAAUCAAGCGCUUGCGGGCGGAGUACGAAGACACCAACGAUAUGUCGAUGCGACUCUCGAUUCGCGACAGUGAAGCUCGUGAAAUGAAACAGCAACUUCGACGUCUUCGGGAAGAGCGCAGCCUGGCCAACCGGAAGGCUGAUGCAGUCGAGAAUGAACUAGAAGUCCUGCAGAGCAGAUAUGAAAGCAUGCUUGAGAGACUGACAUCGGGAAAGUCGAGCAAAGACGAGAUCCGGGCGAAGGAAAUGAAAGGGCUCAUCAAGGAGAUCAUGUGGUUGAAGGCCAAGUGUAAGAGAGAGGAACGGCUCCGCAAAGACCUGGCCUGGAGCAAAGGCUUCCUGGAGCAAUCCGAGGCGAUGAGAGUUCAAUGUAACCAAGUUGAUCUUCGCAUCCUCGGCGAGAUGGGCGUCUCUCUCGACAGCCGCAAGUACGAGGCCAAGUUGAAGCCGGUGCAGAAGUUGCGCGCGGGCGUCUUUGUGGUGAUGGCGGCCAUCCGCAUGAGCAACAUGGAGGAGCAAUGGAGGGAUGCCCGACUCGUGGGCGAGGAGUUGAAGCUGGUGCGAGCAAGGCAGACAAAGCCCCGAUCGAGGGUCCGCAUGCUGGAGGUAUGA